CCAUUAUAUAGAAAGACUGUAUAUGUUGACCUAAAGGAGAUGAAGCUCAUACUUUUCAUAUACACUUUGUGUCUUACUUGGAUAUCUUGUAUGCUAAUUUUAAUUAUGCAUAUGCAAAAUAAUUUUGCUAAUUUUGGAUGAUUGCGAGGGGUGGACUGUGUAGAGGUCAGUUGAGGAAGAUUGGCUGAGCGUGAUAUAGCUCAAGGGAGGCCAAUGAUUUGAAUGGCCAAAAGAUAGGCCUAAAGGAUUGGAAUUAUUCUUGUUUUACGAAGUAUCCUGCAGUAUGUGGCUAAGUGUGUAGCCUGGAAUAUGCUUGAUAUAUACAAGAAAACUGUAGUGGAAUUGAGCCACCAAAGUUUUAUGAAAAAUAUUACAGGAAACUGUGGUGGAAUUGAGACGCCUGAGUUUUAUGGAUAAUACUGCCGAGAAAACUGUGGUGGAAUUGAGACGCCCGAGUUUUAUGGAUAAUACUGCCGAGAAAACUGUGGUGGAAUUGAGACGCCCGAGUUUCACGGAUACUGUGCUACAAGAAACUGUUGUAGGAAAGCUGGGGGAAUUGAGCCGCCCAAGGAUAAAAUGGAUCAUCGCCAUUAUCAACCGGCAAUUGCUGGAUAUAUUACAUCUACCAAUACGGUUAUCGAGGACGAAAAUCACUUAUAUAUUGGUCCGACCUUAACGUCAUCAAGUCUCCAUCAAAAUGAGUCUAUCCAGAAUGGAGCGGACGUGCACAGUGACAGUAACAAAACACAACACAUUUUAUUUACCGACCCUAAACAUUGUGCUUUCAAUAUUGAAAAUCAACAAAACUCGUACAAUUUAUGCGACAAGAUCCACGUAAUAAUUCAAGCCCGUGACCAGUUAAAGACAAAUAAGAAAAUAGGAGGUGAUUAUUUUCGCGCUAAAAUUUACAAUACAAAAUUAAGAGCGAGUGCGCCUACGGAUGGUGAAGUAAUUGAUCACAACAAUGGCUCAUAUAGCGCAUAUUUUACAGUAAGAUGGCGUGGUUCUGCGUUUAUUAAUGUCCAACUGGUACACAGUAGCGAGGCAGUUGCAGCUAUGAAGCGUGUACGUGAAGCCAAUCCGAUUCGAAUGGUAUACAAUGGGAGAUUUCAACAGAAGAAAGCAAAAGGCAAUGGACAAUGUCAUGUGCAACUUUCGUCUGCUAAUGAACUUUGCAACUUCACUGACAAGUUAACUGGAGAGCCAUGGUUUUGUAUAAAGCCGAAAAAUUUGCCUUGCUCUACAUACACUUUGCAUUCGGGCAAUACAAAAUUGGGAGGUAAACUGACAGCAGCAAUGUUCACUCGGAACGAGACACAUUUAUUCAGGUAAGUUUGGAAUUUCCCACAAUUUCUACAAAAAAUUUAGUUUUCCUUUCAAACCCAUUCUCAGUUUCAACAUGAAAACAACUAAAACAAAAUAUGACAUUCGCCUUUUGUAGGUAGAUCAAUGCAAGGCAGUUGUUAAAAUAUUAUUUUGACUGAUGUGUUGAUGAGAGUGAUAGAACACAAUAGAUAUUUCUUUAAUAAUUUAUAUUCAGUGUUAUAGA